UCAUUCCACUGAUCAUUAUUAUGUUCUUACUUAAGCUUUCCCCACAAAGCCCAACAAAAAUGCAACUACGUCGGGCCCCAGCAAUUUACCCUUUUUUAACUUUUCCCUAAAUUUUUAUUAUUAUAAUUUAUUUCUGGUUCUUCAUUCUCUCUCUCUUUCGCAGCUUUGCAAGGAAAGCAGGGCACGAAGACCUGCACUCGUUAGCGAUGAUUUAAUCUUUAUGAGUCACAUAUGGAUUUUCAUGGUGAAGUUUUAAGCUUUGGGGUUCAUCAAGAUCUGUUCAUGCUUUAGCCACAUGCAGAAAGGCUUUUCUCAGCUACUAAAGGGAAGGCAAAUAAUAUUUUAUUAUAAUCUCCAAUGUCCAAAGGCUUCGCUUAAGAGAGAAAUGGGUAUGGAAUUUGUGAAUCCUCAGGAAAGGUUCAUUUCUUUUAUUUUCUUAGAUUCAUGUCCGUGGUCCGUGGGGUGCUUUCUUUCAGGACUUGUGGCUCAAACUCAUUCUAGGGGAUUUCCGACCGUGCCAAAGGUUUAGUUGGUCACAUAUUCUUGUUAGUGUAACAUAAGAUGCAUUUUCAAGGAUUAUGAGUAUUUGAUUAUAUACUCUAUGCUUGCUUCUCUGGUUAACAACCUGACAUCAUUAAAUUCUCUGCAAGCUGCUGGUAGCUUUCUAGUAUGUCAGUAUUUCGUUUCAAAAGCAACUUACAGUGGUAUAUACAUUGUUGCUGGGAUGCCUCAAGGGGCAACAUAGCACCAGGGAUGACUCGAUAUGAAUGGAGGUCUAAGGAAUCCUAGGGAAGUGGAUUGGCCAGGUGGGCUGUGUCUCGGAACCCUGUUUCCCAGGCCCAUUAUAAGAAGAAAGGAGAUAGCUUGAUGUGUUGAUUGAUAGUCUAAAGAAAUUCUUCAAGCUGUGGAGUUUGUAAUAGGUAAAAUGGAUGCAACAGUUGUGAAUUGUCUUAUCAACAGCAUUUCUCGAUUCAUUCAUCUAGUUUCAUCUCAGUCAAUAAAACAUAUGCCUCUUCAGAAGGAUUACAGACAUCUAGUAGGUGUACUGAAGCUUUUAAAAGCAGUUCUUGAUGAAACUGUUGAUUACAAAAUUCCUUCAGAUGAAAUCUUAUAUAAGGAGUGUGAAGAAUUGGAUGUGGCUAUCAAUGAGGCUAGAGAAUUCAUAGAAAACUGGUCUCCAAAAAAGAGCAAAAUUUGCAGUGUUCUGCGAAGUGAGCCAUUGUUGAUGAAAAUCCGGAGCUCAUCACUUGAGAUUUGUCGCAUACUGUAUAGAUUGUUACAGUCAUCUUCAUCUACUUUAAUUUGUGUGCAGAAUUGUAUGCAGGAACUUCAAUGUCUGAAGCUGGAAAGAAUAACGGAAUAUAUACGAGAGGCUCUUAGAAGUCAAAGAGAUGAUAUCAUUCCCUGCACAGAACUUCUAGAGAAGAUUAUUGAAUUGCUUAGUUUUACUACAAAACAGGAACUUUUAAAAGAAAGUAUUUCUCUGGAGAAAGAGAGAAUAAAUGCCCAGGUCAACAAAGUCAAAGGGGAACUAGAUCAACUCUACCAAAUCAUGAAUCUUGUCUCCCACAUUCGUGAUUGCAUGGUGAAAAUCCAGCGGUUUGAAGCUACAGGUGGAGUCCCAGUCCCUUCAUAUUUCCAAUGCCCGUUAUCAUCAGAACUCAUGUUGGAUCCCGUGAUCUUGGCUUCAGGCCAAACCUAUGAGAGGUCUUCCAUUCAAAUGUGGCUUGAUAAUGGGUUGACUAUUUGUCCAAAGACUCGUCAAACACUCUCACACACAAAACUCAUUCCCAAUUAUACAGUAAAAGCCAUGGUAGCAAACUGGUGUGAUGAAAACAAUGUAAGACUUGAUAAUUUUGCCUCAAUGUCAUCCCCUUCGGAUCAUAUAUCUCCACAAAAGUUAAUCUGCACUGAUAGUUCGCCUCGUUCAUUACACAGUAGCAAUUCGACAUCAAGAUCAUCACCUGAAGUUGGAAAUGGAUUUCAAAAGCAAAAGUGUGAUGUUUCAUCUAGAUUAACAGGAGAGAACUCCAAUAAAUGCCAAAGGAAGGAGAUGGAAAAGUUCGACCGUGCAUCACCUGAUCAGUCAUAUAUUCAUAGCAGGAGUGAAUCAGCCUCAAGUGCCAUUUCCUGUGUUGAUUAUGUGCCUCCACCAUCACAUGAAGUGUCAAGUACUUCUAAUAGGCAUGAAAAUGUGAAUGAGCUCUCCGGUGAAAUCACAACUGAAUUUCUUGCUGCUUCUCCUCGCUAUAACCAACGAGGAUUUUCUUGGUUAUCAGAAAAAAAAUUUGGCAGCUCCAAAACAAAAGUUGAAGUACCAGAGAAUGGAAACCAUAAUUACUUCAGAGAAAACUCGCUCCCAUUUUCGGACUUGGGAUCUGAUGAGUUGACCACAACUCCUCAUGUCAAGAGAUUGAUUGAAGACCUUAAGUGUCAAUCAAAUGAAGUAAAAACUGCAGCUGCAGAAGGGUUGCGGCUUCUUGCAAAGCACAACAUGGAGAAUCGCAUCAUUAUAGGCAAGUGUGGAGCUAUUGCACCAUUGCUUUCGCUGAUGUAUUCAGAAAUGAAGAUAACACAAGAGCAUGCGGUGACAGCUCUAUUAAAUUUGUCAAUUAAUGAAAAUAAUAAGGCCAUGAUUGGGGAAGCAGGAGCUAUAGAACCACUUAUCCAUGUUCUGAAAACUGGAAAUGAUGGAGCCAAAGAAAAUUCUGCUGCUGCACUAUUCAGCCUCUCUGUAUUAGAAGAAUACAAGGCGAAAAUUGGUCGUUCUGGUGCAGUUAAAGCAUUGGUGGGUCUUCUAGGCUCAGGGACUCUUAGAGGGAAGAAAGAUGCCAUUACUGCUUUGUUCAGCCUAUCAAUUUUUCAUGAAAAUAAGGCUCGCAUAGUUCAAGCUGGAGCUGUGAAGUACCUUGUUGUUUUGAUGGACCCUGAUAGUGGGAUGGUUGACAAGGCUGUUGCUCUUCUAUCAAACCUGUCAACAAUUAGGGAGGGGUGUUCAGCAAUUGGGCAGGAAGGGGGUAUCCCUUUACUGGUUGAGAUUGUUGAAUCAGGAACUCAGAGGGGAAAGGAAAAUGCUGCUUCCAUACUGUUGCAACUGUGCCUCCAUAGUCCUAAAUAUUGUACCCUGGUUCUGCAAGAAGGAGCUGUUCCUCCCUUGGUUGCGUUAUCUCAGUCCGGCACACCAAGAGCAAAGGAAAAGGCACAACAGCUUCUCAGUCACUUCCGAAAUCAGCGAGAAGUGGCUGCAGGGAAGGGCAAAUCUUGAAGAGACAAAUUUUGUUGGUUUUUUGCUGCAUACAAUUUUUUAUUAUUAUUAUUUUGCAUUAUUCUCCUCGUUAGUUGCUCUUCUUUAAGAUUUUCCUUUAGGGCCUUUUAUUUUUUUCAUACAUUCUUUAGUUUCAAAGAUGUCCAUUUCCAGCAUAGACCUGAAAAUUUUCUUUUCCUCCGUUAUUGUGGGUAGUGAUGGAUUUCUUAUGAUGUGCAAAAUGGGACUGGAUUUUGAAGUUAGGACUAUUUAGUUUCCUGAGAACAUACCUUGGUGAAGCAUGACACGUAGUUGCCACAUGUUUAUGCUGUUUUUAGGUCUUCCUGAAGUGUUGUACAUAUAUUGUAUAUAUCAUACAGUGUUUAUGCUAUAUAUAUGCGAUAGAGACUUGUCAUCUGCUCUA